AUGUCCUCGACAACCGACUACGCUAUUUCACUGGCCGAUGUAGAGGCUGCUGCUAAGCGGAUCAGUGGCUUCGUGCAUCGCACGCCUGUGCUCACGAGUCAUUCACUUGAUGCUAUGGCUACUGCUGCAGGGAACGGAGACUCAAAGUGUUUGUUCUUCAAGUGUGAAAACCUUCAAAAGGUAGGAGCAUUCAAAUAUCGCGGUGCGUUGAAUGCCGUCAAGAAAUUUCUACAGGAGAAGAAGGAGAAGAGGGAGGAGAGAGACACGAUAUUCGUUACCCAUUCGAGUGGAAAUCACGCUCAAGCAUUAGCUCUAGCAGCAAGAGAUGCUGAUUGCAAAGCUGUGAUCAUCAUGCCGAACAAUGCACCAAGUGUAAAGCAAAAUGCCGUUCAAAGCUACGGUGCUCAAGUGGUGCUGUGUGCACCAACCAACGAAGCUCGUCAACAAGCUGCCGACGAGAUGGUAGAAGCUACUGGUGCUCACUUUGUGCAUUCGUCCAAUGAUCCGGACGUCAUGAGCGGUCAAGGUACAGUCGCACUGGAGCUAUUGGACCAAGUGAAGCAUGAGUAUGGCGUGACGCUGGACGCUAUCAUUGUGCCUAUUGGAGGUGCUGGUCUUUGCUCGGGUGUUGCCAUGGCUGCAAAGUCUGUCCAGCCUGGUAUCAAAGUUUUUGCAGUGGAGCCCACUGGAGCAGCUGACGCCUACAAUUGCUUUCAAAAGCGUCAGCUUAUGGGUCAUACUAGUCCUGUCAACACGGUGGCUGAUGGCCUUCGGACGACACUGGGCGACAACAAUUGGCCCAUCGUGCGUGACUUUGUGGACGAUAUCUUGCUUGUUUCAGACGACGAGAUUGUGUCGGCCAUGAAGUUGAUCUGGGAGCGUAUGAAGCUGGUUGUGGAACCUAGUGGUGCAGUAGCAACGGCGGCUGUCCUUGCAAACAAGCUGUCAGCAGGGAUUAAUAAUGUGGGCAUCGUGUUCUCAGGUGGUAACGUGGACCUCGAAAAACUGCCAUGGUGA